GUCCAGGAUGAAACCCUGGCUUUCUCAUAUAGGCUUGUAUCUCAUAUUUUGCGCAAGCAUAACUAUACAGAUGGAAGUAACACCUUUUUUUAAACAGUCAACAGUCUGCACACGGUGCAGUUCCUCUAUUCCUAUUUCCCAUUUUACAGCCACAAUCACACUCUGAAGAAUUUCAGAUCAGAUCUGUAAGGACAUGAGUCAGCAAUGUGGGUUCUCGCUUUAGCCAGUCUCUUGCUUCACAGCUCCGUACACACAGCUCGCAGUGACAUAUUCAAUCAGAUCCACACAGAGGGGAGUGACGCUUCUCUCGUCUGUGUAAAUAAUAGUAAAGUGGUGUGGAGUAAAGGUGUUGAUGGAGGGAGAGGGGACAUCCUCACUGCUGAACAUGGAGAAAUCACCAUUAAACUCAGACCUGAUCCAGAUAACAGAUACACUGUGUUGGGGGAUUCAUCACUCCAUAUAAAGAAUCUGUCUCUCUCAGACUCGGGGGUUUACUACUGUAACGCUGUUCCUGUGGUCAAUCUGACUGUCACUCCAUCACCGAGUAGCACCGGCGAGACAGAGAAAGGUUCCGCUGGAAAAGCCUCAGGGACCAAAAGUGACGAUAAUGAUGGUGAUGAUGAUGAAGAUGAUGAUGAUGAUGAUGAUGAUGUGUUCUCAGAGUGGAUCGUCGCUGCUGUAGUCGGUGUGAGCUGUGUGGUGCUGUUGGUUCUGUCAAUAUGGGGAUUUUUCACUAAAAGAAAAGCAGCUCAACAGAACCAGGUACACAUGUAUGACUCCGUUAUCAACCUUCCAGCAGACCCACAACCUGGAUGUAGUGUUACACACAUCUAUGACGUUAUUCAGGAGCCUCCAGAAGCCCCACGGUGUGCUGAUCAGCAGAGAGAGUGCGAUGCUGUGUAUUUCCUGGCACAAAGUCCAGCGUCCAACACUACAGGUUCAUAUCUCAGUGUUUCUGUCAUCAUAUCAUCACGUUAUCAUCUUUUUAAUAAGGCUUUUAAUCCUUUAAUAAGAAUUACAAACUCAGACAGCUGUUCUUUUCAGCUAAACAGUUCUCUACUGUGUAGACUUUAAAACAUUUUCUUGCGUUUCAGCCAUUAAGUGAAAGUAUAUUCGAACUAAUUUUAUAAACUACUGUUUCCCGCCAGUUUGUUAGCAGGAUUAUAGAUUGUGAUACAUGCAGUUCAAUUCAAUUCAGUUCAGUUUUAUUUAUAUAGCGUUUUUUACAGUGGACAUUGCCCCAAACCUCCUUACAGAAAUAUAUAAACUCAGGAUAUAGAUUUUAAAUGUAUGAAUUUAUCCCUAAUGAGCAGCGAGAGGAGACGGUGGUGAGGAAAAACUCCCUGAGACGAUAUGAGGAAGAAACCUUGAGAGGAACAGACUCAGAAAGUGAACCCGUCCUCAUCUGGAUAGUGUGGUUAUAAAUAAAUCCCUUCUGUAAAUUCACCACAGUCUCAACAUGAAGACUCUUCCACGGAAAUCAUGAACUGUCCACUGACGGAGACCCGAGCGCAGAGUCUGUUUGUGCAGUUGGUUGUGUGUAUCAUCAUGUAUCAUUCUGUAUGUCUAAGAGACAAACAAGGCAUUUUGUACAUUUAAUGAUAAUGAGUGUUUAUUGAUCACGUAUACAUUACAGCACUGUGAAAUUCUUUACUUCACGUACCCCAGCAUGUCAGGAAGUUGGGGUCAGAGUGCAGGGUCAGCCAUGAUACUGCGCCCCCUGGAGCAGAGAGGGUUAAGGGCCUUGCUCAAGGGCCCAACAGUGGCAGCUUGGCAGUGCUGGGGCUUGAACCCCCGACCUUCUGAUCAGUAACCUUAACCGCUAAGCCACCACCGCCCCUAACUCUCCUUUAUAUAAAGGACUUCAGUGUGUGUUCAUGGUCAUCCUGUUACUCUAAUUACAUGAUUAAUGAACUGAAUCUGUGUUUUGGUCACAUGGCUUCUGGA